CCAAAGGAGGCACGAGGCAGCCCGGAGCGGGAGCGGGAGCUGCAAGCGGGCUCGCGUCACGUGACCGCUUUCUCUUUCGCCGCCCGCCGGUCCCUUUAAACCCUCUUUCGCCGAGCGGAGUUGGGAGGAGACGCAGGGAGGCUGGAAGGCAGCGGGGGCGCCCCUUGUUGCCGCUGCCUCCCCGGGCGCUCGGAGCGCUUUUGCGCCGCUUGCUUGGCCAGUUCUCUCCGGCCGCCUUUCCUCCGUCCUUCCGCCCAGACUCGGAGGCCGCUGAGGGAGGAGGACCUAGCCGGGAACCCCCACCACCACCAACCCCCCCUCUCAGUCCAUGCCUCUCCAAACCGGCUCAAACUACCUCACAGGAUUGGUGUCUGGGAAAAUAGGAAAAGGAAGGAAAAUUAGCUAUGUCUCAACAAGGAGAUGCUGUGAGGAUCCCGCAUGGCAUGGCCAGAGAUAAAUGUCGCUUGUAUUUUUAAUUCUGCUCAACCUGAAGUUCAAAGCAUAAAUGCUUGGAAAUCAAACCUGCUGUAGUAAGGCUGGUGACUAUCCAAGUGGAAUGGAACAGUCAUGAAUGGCGAUGCUCUUUGUCAAGAACCUCCCUCCCAGCUUCCUGACUGGCGGGAAUUCUGCGAGCUCCAUGCCCAGGCUGCUGCAGUGGACUUUGCUCAGAAGUUCUGCCAGUUCCUGAAGGAAAAUCCCCACUACGACACUCCUGGAGCCGAGACUUCCUUCUCUCAUCAUUUUGCAGCAAAUUUCUUGGACAUCUUCAGCCUGGAGGUCAACAGGGUGUUUGUGUCCAAUUCCCCUACGAAGUAUAACAUCGUCCCAUUUGUGGGUCUUCAGAACUGCCACAUGCCUUAUGGACGGGAUCUCUUGCCAAGAAAAGAGCAGACUUCGGUGGAGUCUCUAGACAGCAUGGACCACACGCUCUCCUCCAGCAGGUACUUGAGCCAAACCCAACAGGCUCAGGCAAGAAAAGUCUCCUCCUACGGCCAGUCCCGAAGUUCCGAAGAUGUCUCUGUCCAUAGUUCUUCCAAGACAAAAUUCAAGAAAGGUUUUUCUCUGAGGAACAUGAGCUUGUGCGUGGUGGAUGGCAUGAAGGAGAUGUGGCAUCGGAGGUCUUCUCCCGAGCCAGGCGCAGAAGCCGUGCAGAGCAAACAGUCUGAGAGGGAACACUGUCCUCCUGUUAGCAAAGAACAUAGCGAUUCCCGAGAGAAAUGGACCCACAAACUCUGGCUUUCCAAGGGCCAAUCUUCUAAAGUGGAUUUAGUGGACAUUCAGAGAGAGGGAACCCUUCGCUACAUGGUUGCUGACGACACAAACUGUGUGGGUAGCUCUCAGUGGCAAAAAUGCCGUUUGCUGCUAAGAAAAGCAGUAAAGAUGGAGGGGGAAAGGUUCCUUCUCGAAUUCUACGUUCCUCCUAAGGCUUCCAAAGCAAAGGUCAGCAUCCCUCUCUCGGCUAUUAUUGAGGUGCGCACAACUAUGCCAUUGGAGAUGCCAGACAAGGAUAACACCUUUGUGCUGAAGGUAGAAAACGGUGCUGAAUAUAUCCUUGAAACAAUAGAUUCGUUGCAGAAACAUUCCUGGGUGGCGGAUAUACAAGACUGCAUAGAUCCUGGUGUUCAGCAUACAGCUGCAGAAACUCACUGGUGCAGCACCAUCCACUGUCCAAACGCCCACUCUUCUCUUCUUUCCAGGGACAGUGGUGAUGACAUUGAACUCUCUUCCUGUACCCAAGGAGCUUGCCUGCCAAGCAGAGUGUCAUCUUGUAGCUGUGAGUUCCUGGCUGAUGAUGUGACCCGAUGCCAGGAUAGAUGUGUUGGCUCAACUGCCUCAGAUAGCAUAUCAAAUGCUACCACAAUUGUAACAGCACCACAUGGCAGGAUCUCUGCAGGGGAAUAUAGAGCGCAUGUGCCAUUAGAGAACUUCCUGCAGACACUGGAGUCUCCAGCCAAUAGCAGUCACACAGCAGGAGAUGAAAAUGAGCUGGAAGCAGAAAUCAAUCUCUUGGAGUUCCCUUGGUUCCACGGGACACUAUCACGGGUUAAAGCAGCUCAGCUAGUACUCUUUGGUGGUGUCAAAAGCCAUGGAUUAUUUGUUAUUCGACAGAGCGAAACACGGCCUGGUGAAUAUGUACUGACCUUUAACUUCCAGGGAAAAGCCAAGCACCUGCGUUUGUCCUUAAAUGAAAAUGGUCAGUGCCACGUCCAACAUCUUUGGUUCCAGAGUAUUUUUGAUAUGCUGCGGCAUUUUCAUAUGCAUCCCAUCCCACUGGAGUCAGGUGGUUCUGCUGACAUAACCCUCCGCAGCUAUGUAAUGGCCCAGAGUCCACUGCCGGAGCUCACUCAAUCUCCAGCAGUAGCUUCCCAGCAGCCUGCUUGCAGAAAUGACCUCCAGACUCAACAUUACUUUUCCAGCUUUGUUCCAGUCACUUUCCAGCCAGCAUCUCCAUCAGAGGGCACUACCUCUUCCUCUUCUUCCUCAGCCAGCCAUUCACUUUACCAUAGGAUGGAAGGGACUCUGAAUGCCCGAAGCCGAAGUAACAGCACAGAGCGGUUGUUUGAUUCGGCUGCUGUUGGCACAGAAGAUUACCAUGAAAGUGAAGGUUCACGCAAUAGAACCAGAGCAGUUGAAAACCAAUACUCCUUCUACUGACUUUGCUGAUGGAGUGGUUUUCAAUGCAUCCCUCUCAUUUGGAUCAGUAGUUUUGGAGGAUGGAAACGCUUGUUGAGGUCUUCAUCUCCUUGUUGGCUACUUCUAUAUUGCAUUUAUUAU